UGGCCAAUAUCUUGUCAAUGAGCCCAGGAAGGUGGAAGCCGGGUACCUGUCAGCCUGAACCUCUUUCUGCUCUCAGUUACCCGGGGACAGGACGUAAUUCCGCCUCCUCAUCUCGUCGCUGGCUGUUUCGUGGACCUACGGCUCUAAGAUGUCUCAGAAGAUCAAGGCGGGCUCUGUGGUGGAGAUGCAGGGAGAUGAAAUGACUCGAGUCAUCUGGGAGCUCAUUAAGGAGAAACUCAUCUUCCCAUACCUGGAGCUCGACCUGCACAGCUAUGACCUCGGUAUGGAGAACAGAGAUGCGACAGACGACCGGGUGACGGUUGACGCGGCGGAGGCAGUCCAGCGGUACAACGUGGGCAUUAAGUGUGCCACCAUCACACCGGAUGAGAAUCGCGUGGAGGAAUUCAAGCUUAAGCAGAUGUGGCGCUCACCCAAUGGCACCAUCCGUAACAUCCUCGGAGGCACAGUGUUCAGGGAGGCCAUCCUCUGCAAGAACAUCCCCCGUCUGGUGCCUGGCUGGAUCAAGCCCAUCAUCAUCGGCAGGCACGCCCAUGGAGAUCAGUACAAAGCCACUGACUUUGUGGUGCCUGGACCUGGGAAAGUGGAGAUGACCUACACGCCCACAAAAGGAGAGCCAGUUAAAUUUGUCAUCCAUGAGUUUGAGGGCACUGGCGGUGUAGCCAUGGGGAUGUACAAUACAGAUAAGUCCAUCAAGGACUUUGCUCACAGCUCCUUCCAGAUGGGCUUGGCCAAAGUCUGGCCUCUCUACCUCAGCACCAAGAACACCAUCCUGAAGAAGUACGACGGUCGCUUCAAAGACAUCUUCCAGGAGAUCUACGAGAAGGAGUACCGUGCUCAGUAUGAGGCCAAAGGCAUCUGGUAUGAGCACCGUCUGAUAGAUGACAUGGUGGCCCAGGCCAUGAAAUCUGAGGGAGGCUUCAUUUGGGCCUGCAAGAACUACGAUGGAGAUGUACAGUCUGACUCUGUGGCUCAAGGCUACGGCUCCCUGGGUAUGAUGACCAGUGUGCUGAUCUGUCCCGAUGGACGCACAGUGGAGUCUGAGGCUGCCCAUGGCACAGUGACGCGCCACUACAGACAGCACCAGCAGGGAAAAGAGACCUCCACCAACCCCAUAGCCUCCAUCUUUGCAUGGACGCGAGGCCUGCUGCACCGUGCGAAGCUGGACAACAACACAGAGCUGCGGGUGUUCUCUGAGGCACUGGAGGCCGUCUGCAUUGAGACCAUCGAGGCUGGAUUCAUGACCAAGGAUCUGGCUAUCUGCAUCAAAGGCCUGACAAAUGUGACACGUGCCGACUAUUUGAAUACCUUUGAAUUCCUCGACAAGCUGGGAGAGAACCUGAAGAUUAAGCUAGCCAGCCCACCCAAACUGUGAACCCCCCCCCCGCAGCCUCAGCAGUUAAACACAGACACACACACAUUCAAACACAUGCUCAUGCACAGAAACAGCUAUACAGAUACUGGAAUUACCACUGGAGCAGGGGGGAGUAAGCCCACGACCCAAGGAGAUCCACUACUGAAACCAAGUCAUUCCCUGACCGGGGGGGUCUGAUCACGCUGGGUGCCUUGUCUGGAAGAAAGGAAAAUGGAGGAUUCUGAUCAGUGUGGGACAUCAGCCCCGUUAAUGCAUCACUAGCAGGCAGCCAUAAACUGUCUCCAGGUCUGACACUGGGCCAACGACCUGACUGCUCAGUGACCUUGUUUACCUUAAUUGCACUAGGUCCCCUGAAGUGAGUGUGGUGUGUGUUUUCAGUAUUUGUUGGUGAUCUGUGCUAGCCAGGGGACACAAUCUGUCUGAGGGACCCUCACUGCCUUAUUCGUUUUGUGUCAAAGUCAUCGGUCGAUUCUGGUCAUCUCCUUGUAAUGUUUAAACAAUACCUCCAGCAACGUUGUCUGUUUUAGAGCCACAGUGUCAGUUUAAAACCACAGCACCUGCUCCCACUCAUGAAAUCUCCCAGCAAGUUUUAUUGUCGAGCAGCACAAAACACAUGACAUAUGGACUAUAGCAUCCAAACAAUGGUUCUGACUCUUCUUACACAUAUUGUAAACAAAUCUAAUCAGGACUACAAUACAUAGCUUUUAGAUUUUCUGAUUAACUCCACUAGUCACAGAUGUGUCUUUAUAUGUCUUUCCUUUGUACGUGUGUGUAUUAACAUCCAGUGUUGGCUUAUCAUGUCCUGCCAAAAAUUUGUAUUAAAUAGUCAGUCUCUUGGUUUGUAAUCAGCAUUAAGUCCUAAUAUGAUAACUCAUAAUAAAUGAGUUUUUGAAGAAA